GGGGCUAAUUUUGUGUGAGAUUACUGAACUGUGUGGUGCAAAACGUGUGGGUUACUUUGGUCCUGCUCAGUUUUAUGUUGCUCUGAAAUUAAUCGCUGCAGCACAGUCUGGUCUCCCGGUACAGCUAGAGAGCAUUAAGAGUGAAUUGCCUCUGCCCCGGUUUGUGGCAUUGAAAAAUGACAGUGAAAUGAGAUAUGGGACUCCAGCAGAAAUCCAUGGAGCCAAAUGUCAGAUUCCACACACAGCUUUGGAUAAAAAUUCCUUCAAAAGAGCAGAUGAAGGAGAUAAACAGCAGGAAACCAAGUCUCCCUCUAUGUCACCAAUCGGUUCACCUCCUGCUUCUCCUUCUAGUUACCAGAGAGUGCCCUUGAGUUAUGGAUACAGCAAAUCAAGGAGUGGGCAUGAACAGAAGCAUGGAGCUUCCUAUGAAUCCAGACAUUCUGCUCAUCAACAGGAUGGAUCAGCAGUGGGGAAUUAUGGAGCCAAAUCUGCACAUGGGCAACUUAGUAGGUCUCUUUCAGCAGAAAAGGAACCACAGGACAGCAGCAGUAAUUACUCAGAUGACCCCUGGAGGAUAACUGAAGAACAGCGAGACUAUUACCUUAACCAGUUCAAAACCCUGCAGCCUGACCUGAACUCCUUCAUUUCAGGUACUGUGGCUAAGAAUUUCUUCACAAAAUCGAAGCUUCCUAUUCCAGAGCUUUCUCACAUAUGGGAACUAAGUGACGUUGAUUGUGAUGGAGCGCUGACACUAGCAGAGUUCUGUGCUGCCUUUCACCUCAUUGUUGCUAGGAAGAAUGGUUACCCAUUACCAGACAAGCUGCCAGAGACACUACUGCCAGAUUAUCUUCAAACAGCUUCCCUUAAGCCUAUACAUGACAGUGCAUUAUUUGAUUCUUAUUCCGAGUCAUUGCCAGUCAGCCAACAGACCAGGGACUUUAAUCGAACUGAGCUUGAAACUGUUUGUGAAGAUCCAACCAACUCAGAGCCAUUGAUUCUGUUUGAUGUGAUGACCUCUGUUAUUGAGCCAAAGACAUCAGUUGAGGAGGUGUCUGAUAAAUCUGCCCUGACACAAGCUGCAAAUAGUGAUGACAAGCAAGCCUUGAAAAUAAGCACUACUGCCAAAACAAUACCAAAGGAAUUUCAACACUUGGCUGUCAAAACAGUUGCUCAUGAAACGAACACUCUCAAAGCAAGACCCAGAUCCAGGUCGUAUUCUAGCACAUCUAUUGAAGAUGCCAUGAAAAAGGGAGAAGAGCCCCCUACUCCCCCACCAAGGCCACAGAAGUCACAUUCCAGAGCCUCCUCCUUAGAUCUGAACAAAAUCUUCCAGCAAAACACUCAAGCUGUUAGAUCAGGCUGGUUACCACCACCACCUGCCCUGCCACCUCGGCCUUUUGUAUCACAGGUCCCUCUUGUUGCAAAUACUGAACCAGCCACCCAACCCAAAUCUAGCUACGUAGACUUCAGAGUACCGGAACAGACAGAACAAGUAUCUGAGAUUGAAUUACACCCUCAGAUGAAUAGAGUCCCGCCACAGACCGAAGAAAGCAGCCCAACAAAAAAGGAGAUUCUGCUUACUCAGCCACCAACCAAACCAAUCCGCAGGAAAUUUCGCCCUGAAAAUCAGAUGUUGGAGAACCAGGAGCUUUCUCCCACUAUAAGUGUGACAUCUUCCUUGCCUGCUGUCAAGUCCCACCACCCAGUCCAAAAACAGUCUUCCAAGCAGAAGAGAGCUAUUCAGACUGCCAUUCGUAAAAACAAAGAAGCCAAUGCCGUGCUAGCCAGGUUGAACAGUGAACUCCAGCAGCAACUGAAGGAAGUUCACAAGGAACGAAUAGCAUUAGAAACUCAGCUGGAGCAGCUUCGUCCUGUAACUGUUUUAUGACCAGCACUUUAUUCAGCACCUUCAGCACUUUGACUAUAUCACCUUUAUUCAGUGGUGAUAACUGAGUCUACAUGCCAAGAAUCUUCUGACUUUAUUAUUUAUGUAAAGUUUUCAGUUAGGCAAUGGCUGAGGGCAAAAUAAAACAUUGGGUUUCUUUUGCCUACCACUAUGCACGUUUUUCUUCACAAAUGAAGGCGGUACAUGAAAUGAAUGUCAUACAGUAGGGAAUGUCUAAAAAGUGGAAGUUUUUUCCCCACUGGUCCUUUUUCCCCCAUGGAUUCCUUCCAGAUGUUACAGAAUGCACAUUACCACCAAAUUGUCUAAACUCUGAAAUGAUCAGUAUUGUAUUUAUUUAAAGAAUUCCUGAUUUAUUUGCAUUCCUGGGGAAAAAAUGAUUCAUGGUUACAUGCUUUCAGAACUCUUGUUUAUAUUCAAAGUUCAUUUUCUGAAAUGGUUUCUUGGAUGUUUCUGAUUCAAAGAGGUUUAUACCCUGGCAGAUUGUCUGUGCUGGUAAAACACAAGAGAGAAUGAAAAAGAUUAUACAUAUGGAGUCCAUAACCACGAUCACAUCAGAUAAUUAUCUUUUGUAGUGCCAUUUAAGAUUCAUUUUUUCAUGUUUAUUAAUGUUAUAGCAUUUGUAUUUUAUAAGAUAAAAAGCAUGUAAAGGGCACUUUCAAGAAGUAAAAACUGUUGAGACUUGCUGAUUUUGGAAAUGUAAAAAACCCUUCAUUUCUGAGCUCUAGACAGCAGGAAAGGUUCAAAAUGAGCAGGGGUGUGUUGGUGUGGGGUGUAUGUGUUGGGAGAGGAGGGGAAGUUUCUAAAUCAACAUUGUAACUUUAUCAAUGGAAGUUAAAACAAACUAUAUAUUAGAGAUUUUCUUAUGUUUGUUUGCAUUGGCCUAUGUUGCAUUUUGUUAAGAACCCAAACUAGACGUGUUUCCAGGGUAAAUAAAAUUAUCUAUAUGCUGUAAGUAAGUUUUUUAAUGAUUUUAAACAAAUAAAUGAAUCUUACAAGGGGCUAUAGGAGAUGCUCCUGCAGUGAUCAAAGCUUCUUAGCCCAUUUCCAUCCCCAGAUAGAGAGCUAAAGGUUCCAGUGCUUUGGUCCUGGAUUGGACUCUGAUAUUUGAAGUCUAUGGAAGUCUUUCCAUAUACUUCAGUUUUUAUUGGACUAAAUUCUCUGUAAGCCUUUCUGGCAACAGGAGCUUUCUAACUAUUCUUUAUUUCUUGGACCAGUUCUCUUAUUACAUAUAAUUUUUGAAGUUAGAAAAUCAUCCUGACUCGUUUCAUAGGCUUGAUGUAUGCUUUCUUACAAGAGACUAUUGCAUGAAUGUUUCUCUCUCCUUCCCCACUCAAUCUUGUAUUUAGUGCAUUUCACAUCCUUCUGUUCAAUGACAUAAAUGAAGUAUAGUAUAUGCAUUGAGUUUGGGAAAGCUGUGCAUUGAUUUUCUUUCAUUAUUUGUGAUACUUUAUCCAUCUAGCUAUGGGUUGGCCCCAGGGGGGGCAGGUUAGAAAUAACUAGCCAGUCUUCUGUCAGGAUAUAGUGUGAAAUGGAUAAAUGUGAAAAAGCUGCAGUGGGAUAUGAGAACAACCAAAAGCUUUAUCAAGAUGUAAAAUAAGAAUGACAUCAAUGUAAAUGUUUAAAGUUGGCAUGGUGACUAAAUGGAGCGCUUUGGCUGAAAUUUAUAUAGAUCAAGAGUAGAUAAAACUUUAUUCCAAAGGUAGGGAGGGGCAAGCAUUUGAAGAAUAAGGUUAACUGAGAAAGCGUGUGUUUUUGUAAUACAUCACUCCCCAGCUCACUGACUUUUGUUUGCAUCUACAACAAAUAACCACCUUUUGUGAUUUUUGUGUUGCUUUGUGUUAAUGCUUCACAGUUUGAGUUAGGAAGUUGUUCUGGGCAGUGAGAAAAGGAAGUAAAAUCACAAAUUAAUCUUAAUCUCCAUUAAUCGUCUAUGAGAAUCCUGGAAAAAAAUUCAAAAUUGUCUACAUUUCAUUCAGUAAGACUUGCACUCCUAAGUAGAGCUGCUUGGAAGCUUUUUGAUAAAACUUUUUUGUUUUUCCUGUCAGAAAAUGCUGAUUUCUUGAGAUGGAAACUUUUUCUGGGAAGAUCUAUUUUGAUUAAACUUAUCUUGGGAAGAUUGCUCAAGUCCAGGAGGGAAUUUUGGCUAAAAUGGGAGACACUAACUCCAGGAUAGCCAAUAGUCCCAUGUCAAUGAGUUAGGAUGGGGAAAAGCCAAUUUCAAAUCCCUGUUCUGAUCUGGAGCAGCUGCUAGAAUCCGGUUGUCCCAGAUGAGUGCCCUAACUGCCAGACUACAGAGCUGUUCUCUCUCAAAUGCUGUCUUUCUCUAAUCGAAUAAUAUUUAAACGAAGUGAAAAACAUGCACUGGAAGAAGUUGAGAGAGACUGAUUCAGAACAGAGAUUUAAACCUGACUCUCCCAUAUCCCAGGCGCAUAGUCUCAUCACCAAUCUGUAGUGUCCAUCUCUAGAUUUCACUUACUGGAGCAGAUGUGUAUAAAUAGUCACUGGGCUAGAGAGAAUCAUGUGGAAGAGGCCAUGGAACUUAACUCUCCCACAUCUCGGAGAAUGUCUUUACUACUGGAUAAAUGGCUGUUUGAGGGAAGAGAAAGAGAAUUUGUUUUGUGCUCUGGUGCUCAUUUAGACAAGAUAUUCCAUCCUGAACCUCAUAAAGCAUAGUCAAAACCGAUAUGUUGCUGUGAAAAGUUUGGUUUUAACAAACAGCAAUUUACUGAGCUGGCAUCAAAACAUUUGCAACUACUGGUAGCAUUUAUCCCUUUUGAAGAUUAGGCCACUUUUUAUUCCAGUGCCUAAUGUAACAGCAUAAUAGCAGGUGGAGAAAACAGGUUUCCAUUCAGGGGAAGGACAUCCUAGGACAAUCUGCCUAUGACAUUUGACCUUAAAGAUUAAUGUCCUCAGUUUAUUAAAUUAGUAGUACCAUUAGGGCACAAUGGAGACUGUUAAUAUCUCCUUUGAGAGGGAUCCACUAUUGCUGUUGUAACAUAAAAUUUCAGUCUUUAGCAAAUUCAGCAUGACCAACAGUAGCCCCUGAAAUUUCAGUUUUAAUUUGAAAUGCUAUAUCCAAACAUAUUUGUACAUGCUGUUUUUAAUGCUGUGAACUCUCCUACCACUUCAGUGAGAGGAACUGGUACACCCAUCUUCUCAACAUUAAAAGCAUGCUACCUAAACAUUACUGGAAGAUAAUGGCUUGCAUUACAAAACUCCCCCUGUGUGGUGUGUAGGAUUUGGAACUCUGCACAAGAAGCUUUAAAAUGGAUGUAAUAUGGAAAUAAGCCUUUCCUAUUGUAGAAACUGAGUUUAACUCCUGAUGCAGUACAAUGUAGAUACGCCGCAGCUUAGCUCAGAACAAGCAGGCUUAUCUGGCUUAGGUACUGGACUCAGUCUAGUCUUAGUAGCUAAUCUACCCUACUUCUGAGGUGAAGGGGGAGUGUCAUCACUUCUCAAGCUUGGCCUGUUAUUUAGCCUUUAGCAUAGGCACAUCUUAGGUUGCAAGAAGUAUCUACUGUUAUAAAAGUCCAGAUGGGAAAGAGGGAUAAUGGAUCCACAUGUUUUAUCAACUAAAGUGAGAACUUAUUUUUUCAGGACAUGAAUACUCCAAAUGAUAUAAUGAAUUUGAGAAGAAAUUAUAUAUUUUGAUGUUGUUCUUUGUUUAAUUAUCUUCACAAUAAUAUACUAUAAAAUAUAUAAUGCAUCUUAUUCUGCUAUUUACCAUUUGAUAUACAAUAUGGUGUUGGGACCUUGUUAAUCUAAAAUUUAAAAAAGUACUGAGGUUACUCUAUAUUUGUAUUUUAACUUAUUACAGUGUAGUAUUUCUCCAUAUUCAAGCAGACUUAUUUUCACAGCUGCAAAAAAUGUGAGUGUGGUAGACUGCAAGAUAGAAUAUUCUCUACUAUGCACAUCCAAUUUUGGAAAAUGUACAUGAUGUAAAAUGGGGUGCUAUGUUAAAAUAAAAAUUUA